AGUUGCGUUUUCAAAUCUUAGCGUUACCGUUGUGGUGUGUUCUCACUUUCAAACAUUGGAUUAUGUGGUGGAGAUGUGUCACAGUGUUCAGUCACAAAUAUAUUUUUGAGCUUCACAGUAAUGUCAGAUUUAUUAGACAUAAACCAUGGGUGCCUAAAUUCAGGCUUAUGCGUCAGAUGCAACCGUAUGAUUCACCAGUUGAUCUCAGAGAUGAUUACGCUAAUGAGAAUGAAAGCACAUCAGAUUUACGUAGAAGGUUACGUAGAAAUGGAAUGUUACCUCCCCUACUUUUUUAUGAUCGCUCAAUAAAUAUUGGACAUACAGGAACUAUAGUUGAUCCGUACAUCCCUCCUGAUGGUGAUGGUCAAAGUUCAUUGCUGUCAACAAAGAGACUGACUAUUUUAAAAGAUAAUCUUCUUAAUAAGGGAAAAAACUAUAAGGAUUCAUCGCUGCUAAAAUCACAUGAACCAUCAUUUAAUUCCAAACAGUUUGCUAUUGAAGCUGAAAAUAUUUAUGUUGAAGCUCAUGAUUUGUUACAAAAUUAUCGUCAAAAUGAAUCCCGAUUAUUUGAACUAGUUACGGAAAAAGCACUAGUAGAUAUGACUGCUGACCUAAAACUUCGAACUCUGCAAUGGAAGUUUGUGGGUAAUAUUGAGCCACCUAGAGUUGUACAAAUACGCUGCAAGGAGCUUAUAUCUAAAGGCAAUUUUUAUGCUCAAGUUACAGUUCGUUUCUAUACACAACAGGUAAUAGGUCAACUAAUUACUAAUGUAUGACUAAUCAUUAUAGCAUUGUUCCUUGAUUUAUGCAUUUAUAAAUAUUAUUGACUAGUUGAAUGUAUAAAGUUUUAAUUAUGAAUAUGGCUCUUCGAACUACCAUUCACAUUAUUUAUUUUAAUGUUUGAGUCUAAGUUUAGUAUCGUAAGUCUACAUAAAAGUCAGUGAAUUGCUGUGUCCUUGCUAGUAUAUAUAUACUUAUUUUUUUCUUUCGUUUAGCUAACUCUAUUUUACAUGUGUGUACAGUUUGCUACUAUGAAACUCCCGGAGAUGAGUGUUCUGUAAAUGUGCUAUAUAUGUUUAGCUGUGAUUAGAUUUUGUUAUUGCUUUCCGAACACGAAGUCUAUGUUUAGUGACAUAAAUAAUUAACAAUAUCAGCUUAAAGUUGAGCUUCAGAUAACACGGAAAUAAUUUGAUUCUAUCUGCAACUGUUAUAUUUGCGUAAAGUAGUUUAUCAGUCAAUUGAUUGUAAUCCCAUGUUUCCCCUCAGACAUACAUAGUUUGGAUAUUCAUAAAUAUUAAACUAGUUUGGACUGAAAUAUGUCAAUAGUUGUUCUUUAGAUUGUACACAAUGAUCUAUGUGUCCAUUUAAGUGUAAGGUAUAAAAAAAAUACAUUUGGCUGACUUUCACUGAAAACUUCUGACUUUACAGAAUGCUUAGUUGUAUACUGCCCAUUGACUGCUCGUAUCCAGUUAGAAAUGUUAUUAUGAGUGAUUUUUGUAUAUCAUUUUUUUGUAUAGCUAACUAGUCUUAGAAUUUUAUUCUUUGUAUAUUUUUGUCAAGUGUUAUCACCUCUUCUGAUAUUCCUUUGAAAUAAUACAGAUUUUAUCCAUUUAUAAUCGUUUUGGGCGCCUACUAUAUGGCAAUCCGGAUACUGCUGUAGAUGUGCUCGAUUAUGUUGUAUUUGAAAGACAUGUUUCCGAUGAAUAUGGUACAUGGAGAUUACACGGUAAAGUCUCUCAUCCAAACUCUACAGUAAACUACACCUAUAUACCUACUCAACGGUUAUUCUCAGUGAAUUCAUCAACAACAUCGGAAUCAAACAAAUUGAUCGCAAAUAGUCGAAAUAAUAUUGAUGAUCCAAUAUCAGUAAACAGUUCGAAUAAAGAUAGUGUGAAUUAAUUUUUUAUAAAUUUUUUUCAUUAACAGAAAUUAAUUAGGUUAUAAUCUUUUGUGAAUGUUUCGUACUGAUACUGUAACCAUUUUUCACUUGGUUAUGGGAUUAUAAGACUAACAUCAGUCUACUGUUCAACCACCAAUAUAACAAAGCUAUGGACUUAUUCGUUAUGAUGUUAAGUGCCACCCUACCUUCUAACGUUUGACAUCUUUCGUCACUUUCGAGUUGUGACCUAUUUGUUUUAAGCUAAUAUUACAGAAAAUAGGUGUGGAUAAUUUUAAGUAUUAUUAUAUUUCCUACUGGUAGUAGUAGUAGUAGUAGUAGUAGUAGUCACCAUUCUGUAUCACUGGUAUACUUUAUUUUCAAGUAAGAAGUAUAGCUCCCACUGGAACUGUUUCAAUCCGCAUAAUUUUAUUUACAUUUCAGCAUUUUUCAGUUAAAAAGACCUCAAAUCUUUAAUUUUUUCUGCUAUUUAUAAAUGGCAUCUUAGAUGGAUCUGCUCAUAUUCUGGCAGUCAAAUUUUCAGUUAAAAUAAAAAAAACGAGAACUCAAAAUAAUUAUAUACAGUUAUGUGUGAGAGGGUUUUAAGUCAUUAACAAUUAUUAGGAUCUGGAAUUGAAUAAAGCUGGAAAUGUAUACCACUGGAUGCUACUUUAGUGGUCUAAUGAUUAACUAUUCACCUCGAUCCUUCAUGAGGUCAUGGAUUCGUACCAUUUGGUACUCCAUACUAGGAUUUACAUACAUACAUUAUCACACUGAAAAGCAAAUUUAAAAAGUUAUUGGUUCAUUGUAUGAUACCGUUUGUAGAAUGGUGAGUAAUGAUGGUUGUAAUUUGUAGGUAUCAAGAACACGAUGCACAUACAGUUUCAACAUACCAUAGAAACAAGCUACUAUGUACAUCCAUUUGUUAGUGUAUAAAAUAAUGAUGUAUUUAAAGAUUUCCAUCUAGUAACACCAAAAAUAUUAAAGUAUUAUUUCAGCUGUCAACAUGUUAUCUUUGAAUUUCAACAUGAGCACGAAUGUUCGUCGGGAGAAAUACCGAAUCUAAACUUAUUUUGGGUGUUGGUUACACCAGCUAGUUCCAUUUAUUGAUACGAACAGAUUUUCUUUUCUUAGUAAAAUAUUAUUACAAUAUGCGUUUCUUAAUGUUUUUCUGAUAUUGAUGUUAAGUCUUACAAAAAGAAUAACAUAUAGGCAUUCCAUACUAUAUUAUAGAGUUAGGACUCUGCUCGGAUGAAAUCAUUUGAAAGACUCAUAGUUUAAAGGAAAUAUGUAAUCAAGUUAUAAUUAGGUGUUAUUUAGUCUAAAAAUUAUUUUGUACAUUGUGCUGGGAACUAACUUAAUUAACCUCGUGAAUUGCACCUCAGAUAUAUCGUGUAUUGAAUCGACUGACUAAUAUCACAUGUCAAGUUACCAAUCAGAAUCUUAAUGCUAAUUUUGCCUGUUUGACGUUCGCUAUUCUAUGGUCUAGCGCCCUAGGGUUGACCAGUGACACUCCUGGCCAGGAAUGUUGAUUCAGAACCUAUAUGAUGGAAAGAAAAGUUAGUUUUCGAGUGAUUUACUCAUUAUGAGUUUUGUUCACGAUUACUUCCGUUUUGAUUCAAUGUAAUGAUUACUGAAUGUGGUAUUUGUUCUUCUUUUCUCGUAUGAUAUUUUAUUCUGUAUUCCUUUGAUAUGAACUAUGCUCAGUAUGUGAUUUGUUAUAACUCUAAGUAGUUAUCAUAUAUGUGAUUUCAUCCUAAUUAUUAAUCAAAAUGGGUGUACAAUCAAUAUAUAAAUGAGUUUAUUAUCUACCAGAGUCGUUGUUGUCGUCUUCGACGUGUUUUGAGGUUAAUAAAUCGUCACCUAUACU